AUAAUCACAGUCAUCGUACAGAGGCAGAGGUGUUCAAACAACGUAAAGGUUUCAGUGUUUUUUUGGUGUUUUUUUUUAGAAUAAUUUGUCUUCACAGAGUAUGUUCGUCAAUGUAACACUCCAGCAUGCAGUUGUUGGCCAGACGGUAUCUAUCGGGUGUACUGCUUGGGGUCCUUCUGGUGUGUAUCUUAAACAGUUGGCUCAAACUAGACCACGGCUGGUCACAGGGCAAGCUCCGAUGGUCAAUCAAAAACCUCAACUGGUCAGUUCUCAACGACAUGGAUACCCAUAAGAAAUGGUCAUUGACGACACAAGCAUAUCGCGAGCUACCAGACAUCCAUCUUGAUGGGGAUAAGAAUAUGCAUCAUGACUCAGACACUGUGGCCCGGAAGCUGAUGGAGGAGGUCAAAGUUCUUGUCUGGGUGAUGACUAAUCCCAAAAACUUACAGAACAAAGCCAAGGCUGUGAAAGAGACUUGGGGCAAACGAUGCAACAAGGUGAUCUUUUUCAGUUCAGAGACAGACCAAAAUUUCCCAACCAUUGGUCUAAAUGUGUCUGAAGGUCGCGAGCACUUGACGGCCAAGACAAUGCAAGGAUUCCGCUAUGUCUACGAUCACUUCUUCAACGACUUUGAUUGGUUUAUGAAGGCUGAUGACGACACAUAUGUCAUUCCAGAGAACCUGAGGUACUUUCUAUCUGACCAGAACACAAGUGAACCUGUAUUCUUUGGUCACUAUUUCAAGACUCGUGUCCCACAAGGCUACCACAGCGGGGGAGGAGGCUACGUGUUAAGCAAAGAGGCUUUGAGGCGACUUGCAGAGCGAGGCAAAGACCCCAAACUAUGCCGUCAGGAUGGGGGCUCCGAGGACGUUGAGAUAGGGCGCUGCAUGCAGAACUUUGGAGUCAAAACAGGAAACAGCACAGACGCCCUAGGCAGGAGUCGGUUCCACUGCUUCACCCCGGAAGGCCAUUUGUUCGGAUCAUAUCCGGAUUGGUAUUUCAAAUAUGACGGAAAUGGCGCCAAAAAGGGCACUGAAAGUAUCAGCGACUACGCCAUCAGCUUCCAUUACGUGAAUCCAGAGAAAAUGUACAGCCUGGAGUUUUAUAUCUAUCACCUUCGACCUUACGGGAUUAUUUCUGGACACCAAGCUUUGAACAAAGUCACGUGAUGAAGGCAGGCGAAUAAAACCACGUGGUGAAGUCGGACGGAGAGAUUGCCAAGAGAAAUGAAUACAAUUGAAUAAUAGUUGAAUUAAGAUUUUAAAACCCGCAAAUGUUUGUUUCAUAGAUUAGAAUAAUGAAUACAUUCUAGACCUCAUAACAUAAUAUACAAUGUUACAAUAACGCCCUUUCCAAGUUCUAUAACUCUUACAACAUGAUGAAAUGAUGAAUAGAUCUAAAUACUUUAUGCAUUUAAGCUAUAAUUGCAACUUUUUAAAAACGUUUGCUGACAUCUGGCUGGAAAAAAAAAUACAAAAUACAACCCAAAAAUUUAUUUUUUUUUAAUUUCGAUUUUUUAAAAAAUUUAAAACAAUAGUUCCUGUUGUGUUCAACCUCCUUUCAGUGUAUUUCUUGAAACAUUGGAAGUCUCAUAGUCAGCUCAUCAUUUUCAAAUCAUCAUAUCUGGUGAUGUCGGUAUUGGUGUCCGCAGGCAGGUGCAUGAGGGGUGCACGUACACCCUUUUGGAUCCUGAGCCAAAUUUUAGCUCUCUUUUGCCCAUCAAAUCAAUUAACUUCUGGCAGCUUCAACAAGUAUUGACUCUACUGCCUGUGUCAGACGUCGUUGUCAGCAAUGCUACGAUGGUUGCUCCGUGAUGGCGAGCGUUCAGCGUUCAAUCAAGAAAAAUAUCCAAAAA